UUUGAAUUUAUAUUCGUAGUUAAUAAAAAGAAGUUAAGGGGCUGGUUUUUCCCUCGAUUGAUUACUGAAGAUGCUCUUGUUUCUAGUUACCAUGGGAUUAAUUGCAUUGAAGAGAAUUUAGUAUGUGAAGGAUUGGUUUUUAAGCACUUAGAAGAGAUGUCGGGGCUGGGGCAUGGUUCGGUGGUUCCUGUAGUUGCUCUGACUGACAAGUUUGUUGAGGGGCAAAAAAUUAUGCUUGCCUUUUGAGUUUGACGACUGUAAUUUUUUCGAAAGUUCACAUGGCAUUUAUAAGGGCGUGGUUCAUAUAUCCAACAGUCGGUUUCAUUUUUUUUGGGGGGGUGGGCAAACCAAUUAGGACAACCAGAGAAUUCUAUCUGUUGUCAAUAAAAUUUGUUCAUGCAAGUUAAGAUGGUCAUUUGCCCUCUCUCAAACCCCUUGCUCCGCCGUUGUAUAUUGGCUAUGUUGUAGGUAGCCCAUGCACACCGAAGGGACAUGGUCAAUGACGACUUUAAAAAGAAAUUGCUUCACCGAGAAGCCAUGCACUGAUUUUGAGUUUUGUUAUGUUAUUUAUAUAAUAAUAUUCUUCAAUAACAAUAACCCCAUUCUUAUACCAAAGGGUUCUGAUUGAGGAAGUAUAGCAUAACAUGAUGAUUUUGGAUAACCCUUGGUAUAAGAAUAGGGCUAUAAACCAACAAUUGGAUGAAGGUCUAUAUAUUAUAUAUGUUCAUUCCAUGUUAAUAUAUAUGUCUCUAUAAAAUAGAGUAAACCUUUCGCUUUGCACCACAAAGGAGUUUCAUUAUAGCUAGCUAUAUAUAUUUAUCCUUAAGCAUUUCUAAGGGAAAAAGAAUGGGAAUAAAUGCUCAAGUUCUGCUUACCUUUGGCACCAUCAUAUGUUUUGCUUCAACCUCAUAUACUUACCAAGGGACUGCCAGCUUCUACAAGCCUCCUUACGUUCCCUCUGCAUGUAAUGGAUAUAGAGAUGAUGGCAUUUUUAUAGCCGGAGCAAGUGAUGCGCUAUGGAAAAAUGGGGCAGCAUGUGGGAAAGAUUACUUGGUGCACUGUACUGGUGCUACAAACCAAGCACCACAACCUUGUAAAUCCAAAGCUGUUAGGGUCAGAAUUGUCGAUUAUUGUCCAAAAGGAUGCUCCGGAACCAUUAAUCUUUCAGAAGAUGCUUUCUCUAUGAUUGCUAAUCUCAGUGCUGGAGUAAUUAAGGUUGACUAUGCAGAGUACUACAGAAAGUGGCCGUAAGAAUUAAGAAGGACUAUUAAUGGCAAAUUAUGAUUAUACUGAAAUCACGAUGGCGAUCAUUUUCUUGCCUUUGAUGAUACCGAAUAUAGCGUGCAGAUGGCCAAGAAGCUUGGCUAAUUCUCAGCAUUUUUAUCUUUC